UCACCACCAUGGACGCCAAGUUGUUUCAACCUUCAGUCACCAACAUUUCAACCUACACGACCCUGAUGUCCUCAAGGCCCAUUUCCCAUUUGGUCAUCAACACCAUAUCUUCAAGGUCAGGCCAUGGCUUUUCAUCCAAUGGAGGAAGAAAACAGACUCUUUAUGCUGCUGUGCGAGCUUCAUCAUCUCCCUCCUACUUUAAUAGGUACUCAGGGAAAACGAGAGUUGAUGAAAGUGAGAGCUUAACUCUGGACAGCAUUAGACAGUCUUUGAUUAGGCAAGAGGAUGACAUCAUAUUCAGCCUCUUGGAGAGGGCACAGUAUAGUUACAAUGAUAAUACAUAUGACCGUAAUGCUUUCUCAAUGGAAGGGUUUGAUGGUUCUCUGGUGGAGUUCAUGGUCCGGGAAACUGAGAAGCUCCAUGCUCAGGUUGGCAGAUACAAAAGCCCGGAUGAGCAUCCGUUCUUCCCUGCAGAGUUACCUGAACCAAAGCUUCCUCCCAUGCAGUAUCCACAGGUUCUGCAUCCGUGUGCUAGUUCGAUUAAUAUAAACAACAAAGUGUGGAAUAUGUACUUCAGAGAUCUUCUUCCCAGAAUAGUCGAACAAGGGGAUGAUGGUAAUUGUGGAUCAGCCGCUGUUUGCGACACCCUUUGCUUGCAAGCACUCUCGAAGAGAAUCCACUAUGGCAAAUUUGUCGCAGAGGCAAAGUUCCGAGAAUCACCUGCAGCCUAUGAGCCUGCCAUUAGAGCACAAGACAGGGCUGAACUGAUGACCUUGCUGACAUUUGAAGCAGUGGAAGCAUCUGUCAAGGAGAGAGUAGAAAUCAAAACCAGAACACUUGGCCAGGAGGUCAAAGUUAAACACGAUGAAGAUGAUGCUCCUCCCAUUUAUAAGAUAAAACCAAAUGUAAUUGCAAGUCUGUAUGAAUAUUGGAUCAUGCCUCUGACUAAGGAGGUACAGGUUCAGUACCUUUUAAGAAGACUUGAUUAGAUUUGAGAGAGCUUGAUUGAACAAGGUUGUAUGGGGGCAACUGGGGCAAGUUAUGAUGUUAUAGUUAAUUGAUCAUUGAUGUAAGUGAC